ACCGCAGCCCUGGCCCUCGAUCUUUUCUCUGGACUCGGCGAGCGCGGGGGCCGCCGGGUCGCGCGCCUGUGACGUCGGCGAGCGGCGACGCCAUAACUGGCAUCUGCGCUUCUGGGUUCCCAGAAGCGGAGGAAGCCGCGGGGUUCCGGGAUCCCGCGCGGAGGGGACAGGAAGUCGGGACAAUCUGCGCAUGCGCGUCGGUCCGCCUGCCCACCCGCCUGUUGGCGCUGUUUCCGGCCGGGCAGCGUUUGACUCGGAAGUGCGCACUGUAGACCCGCGCGGCUGCGGGGGUCAAAGGACUGAGGCGGCGAAAGCGGCGCGGGAAUCGCUCGCGGUGAGCAGCGGGCGGACCCGAGGUGCCCGGCAGCGGGCUGCGUGGGGCUCGGAAUGCUGCAGCCAUUUUGAAGCCGCCUCAGAUGUGUCCAUCCGUUCGCCGGCCAAUCCGUGUCUACGUGUGUCCAUCUUCUGGUCGUGGGUUUGUCUGUCGGCCCCUCCCACCUUCGCCACCGCCAUGCCACCUGGGAAGCAGCCGAUGAAGGUGGAUGAGCUGUUCCUGCGCUGCCUCAGCCAUCCCGUGACACCUUGUGCACUGCAAGACGGGCUUCGGUGCAUCCUGGAUGUGACCCCUGAUGCUGCGACCUCUGACCCCGUGACCUCUGACCCCGCCCAACAGCUGCCCCUCAGCGCCCCUGCCUACAACCGACCAGUGCCAGGCCCACAGAGGACAAAGAGACAUAGAGCGGAUACAGUGACUUUUGAUGAUGUGCAUGUGGACUUCACUGGGGAAGAAUGGAAUUUGCUCAAUUCUUCCCAGAAAAAUCUCUACAAAGAUGUGAUGUUGGAGACCUACUGGAACCUCACUGCUAUAGGAUACGAUUGGGAAGAUUAUCACAUUGAAGAACAAUGUCAAGGUUCUAGAAGUCAUGAAAGGCAUGUAAGAAGUCAUGGUGGAGAGAAGCCAUAUGAAAAUAAACAAUGUGGUAAAGCCUUUGCAAUACCCAAUCAUCUCCAAAGACAUAAAAGCAUACAUACUGGAAAGAUACCCUAUGAACGUAAUCAAUGUUGUAAAGCCUUUUCAAGUCAGAGUAGUCUCCAAUAUCGUGAAAGAACUCAUACUGGAGAGAAGCCGUAUAAAUGCAAUCAAUGUGGUAAAGCCUUUUCAUAUCACAGUAGACUCCAAUAUCAUAAAAGAACACAUACUGGAGAAAAGCCUUAUGAAUGUAAUCAAUGUGGUAAAGCCUUUUCAUAUCAGAGUCAUCUCCAAUAUCAUAAAAGAAUACAUACUGGAGAGAAGCCUUAUGAAUGUAACCAAUGUGGUAAAGCCUUUUCAGGUCAGAGAGGUCUCCAAUUUCAUAAAAGAACACAUACUGGAGAGAAGCCUUAUGAAUGUAAUCAAUGUGGUAAAGCCUUUUCACGAUUAAGUCAUCUCCAAUAUCAUAAAAGAACACAUACUGGAGAGAAGCCUUAUGAAUGUGAUCAAUGUGGUAAAGCCUUUUCAGGUCAGAGUAGUUUCCAAUAUCAUAAAAGGACACAUACAGGAGAGAAGCCUUAUGAAUGUAAUCAAUGUGGUAAAGCCUUUUCAGGUCAGAGUAGUCUCCAAUGUCAUAAAAGAACACAUAGUCGAGAGAAGCCUUAUGAAUGUAAUCAAUGUGGUAAAGCAUUUUCACAAUCGAGUCAUCUCCAGUGUCAUAAAAGAACACAUACCGGAGAGAAGCCUUAUAAAUGUAAUCAAUGUGGAAAAGCCUUUUCACGGCAGAGUCAUUUCCAAUGUCAUAAAAGAACACAUACUGGAGAGAAGCCUUAUGAAUGUAAUCAAUGUGGUAAAGCCUUUUCAGGUCAGAGUAGUCUCCAAUGUCAUAAAAGAACACAUACUGGAGAGAAGCCUUAUGAAUGUAAUCAAUGUGGCAAAGCCUUUUCAGAUCAGAGAGGUCUACAAUUUCAUCAAAGAACACAUACUGGAGAGAAGCCUUAUGAAUGUAAUCAAUGUGGUAAAGCCUUUUCACGAUCGAGUGUUCUCCAAUAUCAUAAAAGAAGACAUACUGGAGAGAAGCCUUAUGAAUGUAAUUAAUGUGGUAAAGCCUAUUCACACUCGAGUUUUCUCCAAUAUCAUAAAAGUACACAUACUGGAAAGAAGCUAUUUGAUUAUAAUCAAUGUUGUAAAGUGUUUGCCUGAUCCAGUCAUCUCCAAAGACAUAAGAGAACAUACUGUAUAGAAACGUUAAGAAUGUAGUGUUUGAGCCGGGAGGCAGUGGCACACAUCUUUAAUCACAGCACCUUGCGAGGUAGGUGUAGGCGGAUUUCUGAGUUCUAGGCCAGCCUUGUCUAUAAAGUAAGUUCCAGGAUAA